AUGAACCCGCACUACCGUCAAUAUGCCCAGGCGCACGGAAGGUCUCCAGCGGCACGUAGGCCAGGACCAAUGCCUCAAGCGCAACAUGCCCAUCAACAAGCUCAGGCCCAGAUCGUGAACCAACAAAUCAGCCAGCGCAAUGCAGCGAUCGAACACCAAUUAGCACAACGACGAGCCCGGAAACCCACUGACCGAUCACUGCCUGAAGAUAUUGAUAACCUGGUCAUCGGCAACAGCGUUCAACAAUACAGAGAGCUACGUGAGACUGAAAAGAAGUUGGACCAUGUCAUGGCCAGGAAACGUCUGGAGCUUCAAGACACCUAUACAAGGAACGUCAAAAGACAUAGAACCAUGCGCAUAUGGAUCUCCAAUACAGCCAUCCACCAAACCUGGCAAGCCAACCCCGACGAGGGAAGUUUCACUUUUGAGGCAGAAGGGGAGCCGUCUUAUGUGGUGAAAGUGGAGGGAAGACUGCUGGAAGAGCCCGAGGACGAUAUCAUGUAUGACACUGACGAUGAUGUUGAAGCCCGGGCAGAGAAAGACGACGACCCAUCCAAAGCAAAGCAGCCCUCAAAACGCUUCACCCACUUCUUCAAAUCUAUCAGUGUGGAAUUCGACAAGACCCGUACUAGCAGUGGUGACCCAAAUUACCAAGUAUCGUGGACCAAGGGUGCGAACAAUAGCUCUGAUCUCGAUUAUCUGCAAUUCCAACGCAAAUCGGAUGAGAAUCUCAACAUCACCGUAUGUCUAACAAGAGACGAGCAACCGGAACGCUUUCGGCUGAGCCAAGCCCUUGCAGCCACCUUGGAUAUGGAGGAAGCUGAUCGCCCUGAAGUUGUCAUGGGUAUUUGGGAUUACGUGAAAGCUAUGGGUCUGCAAGAAGAUGAGGAGCGGCGGACCAUUCGCUGUGACGAACGUCUUCGUCAAAUCUUCAAUACAGAGACACUCUUCUUCCCACAAGCCGCAGAGAGAAUCAUCCCCCAUCUUCAUCCGCUACCAGCCAUCCGGCUACCCUACACCAUCAGAGUGGAUGAAGCUUUCCAUUCAAACCCAGAACCAACUGUCUAUGACAUUCAAGUCACUAUUGAAGACCCCUUGCGUCCGCUGAUAUUCAAGAUGACCCAGAACCCUGAUCACCAAGCUUCUCUACGCCAUAUCAACAAAAUCGAUGAUGACCUUGCCGUGCUAGUCCAGGCCACCCUUCAUCACAAGUCCCGACAUGCAUUCUUCAAAUCAAUGUCAGAAGAUCCCAAGAAGUUCAUGGAUCGAUGGAUGAACAGCCAAAAGAAAGACCUAAGUGUUUUACUUGCUGAGGUAGAAAAGGGAGAUGUUGCUGGCAUGGAGUUUGCAAAGGGUGGUGAUGAUGGAGUCUGGAAUGCAGAUGUGGUCCGCGAGGCGGUGAGGUACCGACUGGCAAGAGCAGAGGCUGUCAGGUGA